CGACACACUCCCCAGCUCUCUCUCGCUCUCUCUCUCCGAGGCUCUGGUAAGGGAGGGGCUCUUGUCCCCUCCUCCCACCCGGUGCAUUCUGACGUUGCGCGGCAGGGAAGGAGGGAGGGCCUAGUAGCGGCCGCUGGGAUACAGGCUUCCAACAUGUCUGCGCUGCUGGCUGCGCUUGGAUUGCGAGGGCAGAGGCCGACGAAAGGAGAGGCCGCUGCGUGAGGAGGAGAAAGUAGAAGAAGGCGGCGGCGGCUCGAGCUGUAGCCUGACCCGACCCGAAGCCUCAGUGUGGGAGACGGAGGCUCCUUCGCGGGCGGGCGCGGAGUUUUUAGGCAAACUAAGAGGCUGCGGCGCCAGGAAAUUCCAAGUGACUGGAAGUAUUGCACUGCAUGAUUUGAAGGCUUUCAAGUUUAAUCUGUUCUAUGCCUAUUGGCUGAAGGAAUGUAAACCAUACGUUUUUAGAACUGAACAAAAAUUGCCAGAAGUACAGUUAACAGAUACCUUUGUAAAUUAGGAAACAUGGGCGCAUUUUUGGAUAAGCCAAAAACUGAGAAACAUAAUGCUCACGGGGCAGGAAAUGGCCUGCGUUAUGGCCUCAGCAGUAUGCAAGGAUGGAGAGUUGAAAUGGAAGAUGCUCACACAGCUGUUGUAGGAAUUCCUCACGGUUUGGAGGACUGGUCUUUCUUUGCUGUUUAUGAUGGUCACGCAGGAUCUCGUGUGGCCAAUUACUGCUCAAACCACUUAUUAGAACAUAUCACUAACAAUGAAGACUUCAGGGGAGCAGAACAGCCUGGCUGUGCUCUUGAACCUUCAGUAGAAAAUGUUAAGAGCGGAAUCAGAACUGGCUUUUUGAAAAUUGAUGAAUUUAUGCGCAAUUUUUCAGACCUCAGAAAUGGCAUGGACAGGAGUGGCUCAACAGCAGUGGGAGUUAUGAUUUCACCUGAGCACAUUUAUUUUAUCAACUGUGGAGACUCACGUGCUGUUCUAUAUAGGAAUGGACAGGUCUGUUUUUCAACACAAGAUCACAAGCCUUGCAAUCCAAGGGAGAAGGAGAGAAUUCAGAAUGCAGGAGGGAGUGUCAUGAUUCAGCGUGUUAAUGGCUCAUUAGCAGUGUCUCGUGCUCUGGGGGACUAUGACUAUAAAUGUGUUGAUGGCAAAGGUCCUACAGAACAACUUGUUUCUCCAGAACCAGAGGUUUAUGAAAUUGUAAGAGCUGAAGAAGAUGAAUUUAUUGUCUUGGCUUGUGAUGGAAUCUGGGAUGUAAUGAGCAACGAAGAGCUCUGUGAAUUUGUUAAAUCUAGGCUUGAAGUAUCGGAUGAUCUGGAAAAAGUGUGCAAUUGGGUAGUGGAUACUUGUUUACACAAGGGAAGUCGUGAUAACAUGAGUAUUGUUCUAGUUUGCUUUUCAAAUGCUCCUAAGGUCUCAGAUGAGGCAAUGAAAAGAGAUGCAGAUUUGGAUAAGCAUUUGGAAUCACGGGUGGAAGAAAUUAUGGAGAAGUCGGGUGAAGAAGGAAUGCCUGACCUUGCUCAAGUUAUGCGCAUUUUGUCUGCAGAGAAUAUCCCAAACUUGCCACCAGGAGGUGGUCUAGCUGGCAAGAGAAAUAUUAUUGAAGCUGUUUAUAACAGGCUGAACCCACACAGAGAGAAUGAGGGGGGUGCUGGAGAUCUAGAAGAUCCGUGGUAGCCUUACAGAUCUACUAAAAUGCUUUUGAAUCUGAAAAAAGGGGGAAAAACUUUUAAUCAGUUUUCUUCAAUACAAGGGAAAAAUUCUGGUGGAUUUCCAACAUUUUGUGAAAUGGGCAGAAAGAUAUUAUUAGGAUUUUCCAUCAUUUGUUCAUGUUUGUGUUUUCUGAUAUUGCCACUCUUAGCAUUGCCUAUACUACAGUAUUUUUACCAGCCUUGGGCAUAUUGGUUACAUCAAUAUGGAGCCAGAGCCCUAAAAACCAAGGAAUAAUGCUUGGAGCACUUCACUAAAUGUACAUAAAGUACCAUGGGAUUGUAGUUGUAUCCUGAAGACACUAUGUUUAACAAAACUUACAAUACGUGCACACCUGAGUGCAAAUAAUUGUAACAAGACACUUAUUUCACCUUACCAAGAUGGAAAUCUUUUACAGCUCUGGGCUUUGGAAGUCAUUCAGUUGGGCAAUAUGCUAUAGGAUGUUUUUUUCCCCCCAGUUUUACCUGUAUUACCAGACUGUUAGGAUUUCCCUACAGUGUCCAAAUUGUGAUAUGUUGCCUAUUGCUUGCUUGAGACAAAGUGUAUUUGGCAAUAAUAUAAGAAGAUUUUAGGCAUCUAAACAAAUACAAGUUUUACGCAUGUGUAUAACACAUCUUUAAACUCUUGCUACAUCUUUUUAAACCAAACAACUUAAUUUAUGGUUAGUUGUAAUUUGCUUUGACAUCUCACUCAUUGCUGCGAGUUUUUUUAAAUGCUGAAUAUUUGCCUUUAUUAUAAUGUAAAUUGUGAUUUUGUUCUAAAUGUGGUUUUCUAUAGUUUUUUCCCCUUUGAUUUCUAUCAGCUUAAAAGAGAAGUCUUGUGUAAUAUGGGUAUAAUUUUUAAUUGUUUGCAUUAUUUACAAAGUUCAAAUUAUCACUUUGAGAUUACUAUAAAUACAGCUAAAAUUAUCUAUUUUAAAUCUAAGAAAAUAUUAGAGAUAUUUUCAUGGGUUCAGUGACCUUUCAUUUUAUAAGCAAUGGGCAUGGUACAGAGUGGCCGUCAUGUAAGGUACUUGAAGAUUCUUAGUUUAAUUCUAUUUUUGCAAUAACCUUAUUUUUUUUCUUAAUUCUUUUGAGUUGUGCAUGUAUUGAGUCAAGUUAAUGCUGAAAGUGGAGAAGAGUAUUUAUCUAAAAAAAUAAAUAAAAGCUAUUGGGGAGGGGAAAUAAUGAAUGUAUCCAUCUGUACAUGACUUACAUGCUGUGGAUGCCUUGUAAACAUUUUCCUAUUUGUUUAAACUGUGUUUCAAACGAGGAUGUAAUUGUCCUUGUGUGUAGUUUAAGCUAAUGACAGUCAUCAACUGGUUUUGUGUGAAAUAAAAUUCAUGGUAUUUUUCUGUAACCUUCCUCCCCCUCCCCUUACCUACAUUUGAGUGUAAAUCCUUGUACACUCUUUUAUAACCUGGUGCCUCCUGCCAGAUUUCCCAAACAUUUGGUUAUGUUUUUAUUUUGUUUUAUUUUAAAGUUUUUUGGCAGUGGGAUGGUCUAGAAAGGAUUAUUGCCACAAUAUAUUUUAUUUAUUCAUUAGAUUUUAGCCUCGUAAGUUAAACGGUGUUUUAAAUGAUGAUGUUAACAGGUAUUUGUCCCUAUUGUUUUUUUGUUUCAUUUUCCUUUGGGGGUUGUUAAAAGCUAGGGAACGAAGAAUGCAACAUGGUUUAUUGUUCAGACUGUCUGCUCUGGUCUAAUCCUGUACUGAUAGUACCUUCCCAGUAUGAUAUUGUGAUGUUUCAUACAAUACAGUGAACAUAACCAACUUGUUAUCUUCAAUAAAGGAUUGCUAAAAUGGUGAGAGGCCCUAUUUUGUGGGAAAACAAAGACAAAAUUAUUCAGUUCUGUAAUAGGAAAUUCCAUAUUGUAUGUGUAUUGUGAUCAUGAUCUAUAAGAAGUAAUGAACUUAGGCCUUUUUUUUUGCAAUGCUUGGGUUCAAAUAGCAAUCAUGCAUCAGUAAUGUACAGGUUGAUAAACAAGCUCAGUAAUGUGCAAAUAGAUGUAGUCCAUAAAUUAAGAUCUGUACAUUUCAUUGAAUCAAAAACAGUUCAGAAUUUAAUAUGAAUUGAAUGUUCAGAAGAUAACAGGGCUUUAUAACACAUUGACGGAAUAACUUAAACUCGUACUAAUUACAAUUGUACUGAACAGUUCUCAAAAACGUGAUAUUCAAAUUAUUGAGUUAACCGUAUUAUUUCUAACAAUAACAAAAGUUUGUAAUAGUGAAAAAAUAAACAGAACUAAAUUAUCACUACUUCAUUGCAUUACCCUUAGAAACAGUAUGGUUGACCAGAUACUAUUAACUGAGCUAGAUCCAUUUUCAUUUGCAUCAACAUGCAGUUCAAGAUUUUUUAUUGCAUGUCAAAACUAGUCUUUAUACCUAAUGAAUAUUAUAGAAACCAGAGUUUACACUGCCAUAUCCUAAAACUGUAAACUUGUUCCUUUUCCAGUUAAAUGUCCAAAGUAUGGAAUAAUAAUAAAUGCGCUGUAAGUAUUCAUGCCAGAAUGAGAACUCUAGAUUACUAGUCCUGUACUGAAGGAAAUAUCGUCGUAUUUAUCAGUUUGCCCUCUCCUUGGGUCUGUACCCAUUUUUCAGGGGUCAGGUAAUACUUCGCAAUAUAAAGGGAGUUAAUGCUAAGGACUGUAAGAAGAAGUGGGAAUCGGGAACCUUCCCUCUCUCAAGUAGGAAUUUUUUAAAAAAAUAAAUUUAGUCAUUUCCAUGAGUGGGAAGAGCCUGUCCAUUCACUAAAAAAAUGCUACAGUUCCAAACCAGUAGAUAUAGACGGGUGGUGCCAUUGCAGAAGAGAUAAUCUAUUCACUAAGAUGUCCUGCUUCAAAUAGUCAUUCUAUUGUAAGCUUUAUUGCCACAAUUUUGUAGGUCAAGUCAAUGAGGAAAUGUGUAAAAAUACAGCCAAAACUGUUUAAGAAAGCAGUUACUAUAACAAUAAUUUGAUGCUGUCUGCAAUUUAAUGUAGGAAUUAAACAUGUCAAAUAUAUUUAUAAUGGACUCAUACUUAUUGCCCUGAAACUCCAUAUGGCAACACUGUUUAAAUUAAUAGCUUACUUUGCUGUUUCAUGUAAAGUACUGACUUACUUGAAAUACUCACUGCAAGAGGCUUUGACUCAAAUUUGAUGCAUUUAGAUGAGUAAAGCUGGGCUUUAUUUUACAGCAGUAGUCCCAGCUAAUUUGUCUCUAUAGGACAAAGUUCUGCCAGCCAUAGUGGCAUGUAUGUUACUGGCAGACUAUUGAGUUGAUCCUAAGCUACAUCUUAGCUUACUUCCAAAUUAAGCCUUUCUACCUAAUGCCUGUUACUAUCACUGCCAGCUGAAUUGGUUUUAAGCUACUAGUAACAUGCAGGACUGCAGGGACUAAUGAAUCCUAUCAAUAGGAAUCAGUGUAACAAAAUAACUUGGUUAUAUAGUUUGCUGUUGUACGUAUUUUAUUUAAAAGUUUACAAAAACAUCCCUAGAAUAUUAAAUUUGGUUUUCAUGCUAAUUAAAGGUGUAACUUCGAUGAACUUGCAAGCUAUGCAAACCCACUUAGAAAUUCAGAUGAUCAAUGCAGGAAAAGUGUGCAGCAUCUCAUGGUGUAAGAUUGGUGGGUUUGUUCCUUCAAUACCAGUGUAAGUCGCUUCCUUUCAUUUAUAAUAAUAAAAACCACAAAGAUUUCUGUGACAGAUUGUUGGCUACUCACUUGAUUGCCAAAUACAACAGGUGGUUUAGAUUUCAAAUAGCCAUCAUUUAGUACUGGACAUUCUAGUUGUUAGGUUCUGUCUUACCUCUCACAUGAUUUGUUUUAAGUUUUGAUGUUGAUGGAAAAAAAACAAACCUGGUCAGAUCAAUAGAUAUUUGGGUUUUUUAAUUUUAAAGUUGCUGUAUAGCUUUUAUACUGGUCUUGUAAGCAAGAUCAUAGGAGAUUGAAGCUAGAUCAACUUUAUAUUCAAUCAAGUUAACACAAUAAGAUUUUGUAUGGAUUCUAAAUAGAUGAGAUGGGGAUCUGUAAAUGGCAGAUUUAUGUAAGAUUUUGACUGAAUAGGAUUCAUUUUGGCAUUGUAAAGAAUUUAAUCUGUUACCAACAUUACUCUCUGGCACUAUAGCUUCCUCAUGUUUUACAGCUGCUUUCUUGUGCUCUUUAUGGUCUGUAAAUAUCACUUUAACAUCUAGUCCAGCUUUCUCUAAGCAAUCAACUUUGGAUGUGUUUGAUUACAAUUCCUUUCCCCUCAGCCAAAGCAACCAUUAUGAUGUUGUGAAUUUAGUCCAAAACAUUCAGGCAAUUCCAAUUGGGGAAGACUGAUCUUUUAAAGAUCCUGUUUACAUAGAAAACCAUGUAACCUCCAUUUGAUGAAGCUGUAACAUUCUAUGAUGCCUGGGGUGUCUGUAAAUGUGUGAAUCUGGUGCAUGUCAAUCUGUUCAUAAGUAUAAACAUACUGUUUGUAUCAUAA